AUGUUCGCCGAUAAUCAAUCUUUAUUCGCUUUAUUUUCCGUAUUCGGCCUAAUAGGAUCUGUUUCUGGUGCUCCAGCUGCCGUGCCAGAUGGUGGACAAUUACACCAUGAUCACGCUGCUAAGCGUGGUGGUACUUGUUCUUUCCCUUCGCACGAUGGUAUGGUUGCAGUUCAGAAAAACGGUCAAAAUGGUGGUUGGGCUAUGCACAGUGAUCAACAAUGUUCGUAUGGUACUUGGUGUCCAUAUGCCUGUGAACCAGGUCAAUUGAUGGGUCAAUGGGAUACUAGUGUUACCUCUUAUAGUUAUCCUGGUUCUCAGUACGGUGGUUUGUACUGUGACUCCAAUGGUGACUUGAAGACUCCAGAUGACAGUAAACCAUACUGUUACGAUGGUGCAGGUACUGUUGUUGCAAAGAACAGUGCUGGUUCCGAUGUCGCCUUUUGUCAAACUGUGCUACCUGGUAACGAGGAAAUGUUGAUCCCAACCAAUGUCGGGUCUGGAUCAUCGCAGACCUUGGCCGUUCCAGGUCCAGAUUACUUUGCUGGUACCGCUGCACACUACUAUGUGAACCCACCUGGUGUCAGUGUCUCUGACGGUUGUCAAUGGGGUAGUGAUUCCAAGCCUUAUGGUAACUGGUCUCCAUACGUUGCUGGUGCCAAUCAACAGUCUGAUGGUUCCACUUUUGCCAAGAUUGGUUGGAAUCCUAUCUAUUUGGAUAGCGGUUUCAAAAAUACUAAACCAUCUUUUGGUAUCAAGAUCACUUGUGAUGAUGAGUCCAACUGUUCUGGUUUGCCAUGUUCCAUCGAUCCUAGUAAGAACGAUGUGAAUUCUGUUUCCAGUUCUACUAGUUCUUCCGGUGCAGGCAAUGGUAAUUUCUGUGUUGUCACUGCUAGAAACGGCGCAAAGGCUAACAUUGAAGUCUUCAGCGUUUAA